AUGCGCCUCACCCGCCGCUUCCUGCCCUCCAACCGCGUCGACCUCGUGCGCGCCCGCAACCAUCUCCAGCGGGAGAUCGACGGCGUUCACCCUUCUACGCGCACGCCAGCACGCUUCGCUCCCCAGUCCCAGUCACAACAUCUCCAUCUCCUAGCCAUCUACAUGGCUACUGUCUAUGAUGUCCUGGGUGUCAUCUUCGGGAUCACAUCGCUUCUCGCUGUCGUCGAGCAGGCGAGGCGACUAAUCGACGCUCGUCUCCCUCCCGGACGCCUGCGCGACCUCCAAGACGCACUCGCUGCAACCCGUAUGCUUGUGGAACGGCUGGAACGCAUAGGAUGUCUAGAAGACGUGAACGUCGCUGGCACUUACAGGAAUAGGAUCACCGAGCUGGACAAGCAGGUGGACAUGCUGUGGGUCGAGGCAGAGCGGUGGAGACAGAUGGACGUCACCCGGCGAUUCCUGCCCUGCAACCGCAUCGACCUGCUGCGCGACUGCAGCCAUCUCCAGCGCGAGAUCGACGGCGUGUGCGCCGAUCUCUGGCUCUUGCCUUCGCCCCCUCUGCAGAAAUCACGCGCGUCUCCCUUAGCUCCCCCGGUCCCUUCAACCACUCCUACAUCCUCAAUCCGUCCGGACGGUUCUGCUGCAAAGGCGGCGCAGUCAUCCGCCGUCCCCACUCCUUUACCCGCGCCUCGCCGCACCACCUCGCCCUCGAGGCCGCGCCCACCCUCUCCCCAGCACGCUCCUCCUGCGCAGCCACUUUGGGUGUCCCUCGCCAAGUUCAUCAUGCGUGGCAUGUGCCCGGCUGCUUGGCUGGGUGCGGGAGUUGCCUGA